GGCGUCCUCGGGGUGAAGGCGGCGCCGUUGCCACACUGCCGUAAUUUGACGAGUGCGGUCGUCGUGACAUAACCAGCGGCACCGCGCUGCCGUUCUUUUUGGCCGCGCCACCGUAAAGCGACACAAGCGUCGUAAAAGCUAAGGCAAAAAGUACUGGCCCGCGGGCAAAAUGGCGGCUGUACGCACCCUUCAAGAAACGGGGUGAGGCCAGCUGCCGUUCCCGCCAUUUUGAUUACGGGCGGCUACAGCCCUUUCAAGGGAAAGAUGCCUCCAGGGCUUUUGUGACGGGAGAUUUCACCCCCACCGGCCUUGUGGAUGAUGUUUCUGGGUUAUCUCCAUCAGAAAUGUUGACGAUACAAAACUGGCUCUCUUUCUACGGCGAGAACUACGUUUGUGUUGGCAAACUGGUAGGAAGAUUCUAUGAUGAAAAUGGGGCCCCCACAAAAGCUCUGGAACAGGCCAAGGCUGUCAUCGAAGAAGUGCUGAAGUUCAAUGGACAAAACGAUGAGAAGAAGCAGUUCCCUCCCUGUAACUCUGAAUGGAGCUCAACCAGUGGCAGCAGAUUCUGGUGUUCCAAACAAAGUGGGGGAGUAAACAGAGACUGGAUUGGAGUCCCCAGGAAGCUGUACAAGCCUGGUUCCAGGGACAGUCAGUGUGUGUGUGUAAGAACUACUGGACCUCCCUCUGGACAAUUGGAUUCUGAGCACAGUGACAGAGGUACUCCGGAGCUUCCCUUUUUGAAGUAAAGCUGCACAGAUUAGACGACACUUAAAAGUGGCAUCUGCCAAGUGUAACAGGACUUUGCACUCAUGGUUUUGCUUAUUUCCUUUCAAUUAACUUCCAACUCUACUACAUUUAAUGCAUCUGAAGUUAAAAAUUGGUUUGGGAAAAACACUGAUUGAAGGUCCAGACCUGGGCAGUACAGGAAAUCAGAACUACACAGGAAUGACUGCAGCCAAGCCUAUUGAAAGGGGUUUGAUGAGUGCAUAAUUUGAUAUCCAUUAGGAGUACAGCAGAGUCAGUCUGCCAAAAUAAUGCUAGUUAAGCAAUUAUACAAGAAUUUUACAAUACAUGAUGUCUGGAAUAAUCACUAUUUGGUUAAGAUAAUCAUUUACAAAACAGAAGGUAAGUGGAAAUAUAAUUAAAUCUUUCUCCCAGGGUUUACUGGUAAUAAACAUUUUCCUUCUUGCUUGGAAACUGACUUAGGGUAUAAGACUUCUCUUACUACACUUUGUCAUUACUGAUGCAAUAGAGGAUGCAUUUUUGUAUCCAGGUUUAUAGCCCUGGAUGUAUUUUAUCUAGUUAUCCUCAGUUUACUACAAGGAUUCAUUAGAGUAGGAAUAUUGCAAAGAUACAUUUUUAGAAUGGACUGAACAGAAAAUGCCAUUGUUCUAAGACUUUAUUUCAGAAACAGCAAAAAGUUUCACAUUAUAGUUUGACCACCAGUAAACUUCGAAUGAUUUUACUUUUACACCUCAGUAAGACACGCAACAGUAAAUUUGUUGCAAUAUCCAGGUCUGCAGCAAAGUGUUGUUAAGAGGGGAAAUUCAUCAAAAUAUAAACUACACUUGGUCUACAAAAAAACUCCCUAUGUUCAUGUGUUAUACUGCGGAUCUUAUAUAUGCUACGUGACAAGGAAGUUGUAGAAGCCACUGGUCUCCAUACAGGAAGUCUUUAAGGCAUCUGUAAACUUGUAGCAAGUUAAUUAGUAAUGCUUUGUUAGUACCUUUAACACCAGUAAUUACAAAACACAUUCUCAUUUACUAGAGUGAAACAGGUUAUUCCCCACCCCCCAGACUUUUACUUCGAUUGCUAAUUUUAAAUUAGAAUGAGUUUUGUGCUUGGAUGAGGGGCUGGAUUGACUAUGCUGGAGACUGAAUUCCUCUUCACUACAGAACAGGCACCACAAAUUUUCCCCAUUCAGCCAUAAGUGCCUGAAACUCUAACCUAACAAAAAAUUGCAUGUAGGGCCAAGAAGGGAGUUCAAUCUCAUGCUCACCAAACCCUUGACAUCUGCAAGCAGACUGAUUUAACAUUUUCUAAGUUGUGAGUAUCCAAAAACAGCAGGGGUGGCAGGGUUUUUUUGGUCACAGUCACAAAUAUACCACAUAAAGGAAGAAGUGCAUUAUUUG